UGUUUUUUACUAUCAACAGGGAUGUAGUUUGCAUAUGUUUGUGCGUGGCGUCACGUCAGGGGGACAGUUGAUUUAAGAUGGCUUUAUUUGCUCUGUAAUCCCUUAUAGCGAUCUGAGCGGGUAAAAUGUUCAGGGUUGGAUCAGGAUUAUCGCAAGCCCCUGCCUCCCCCACGCCGGCCCUCCCCUCGUUAAAAUGUUCCUUCCUGUAUGAUUUCUAUAUUUUCUUUCACUCUGUCUGUUCACGGUUGUAGCUUUGCAUUGCCGCAAUGGAGUAGUCAGGCAGGCUUCACCUACUGGCGUUAUUUGCGAGAGUGUUUGGUGUCCUCUUUCCUGCCUCCAUCACCACCAGCAGUAUUCCCCAGAUUAAUUAUUCACAGAUCGCCAAGCAAGAGGAGCCAUUUGAUAGCCAGACCUAGCUACUGUGAAAGGGACCUGGAGGCAAACAUUUCAGCUGGACCUCAGGUGAAAAUUGAUAUCUUGUGUUUCAUCUUUUUCUUUCACCCUUUUUCCUCUCAACACUUGACAUCAGCCUGCAACUAGAAACCUAAAGGAAUCUGAAUAAGUUGUAUUUGUUCCUCAUGUUGAUCUCCAGUAAACAGUUGCCGAUCGGGCGCUCCCAGAGCUGGGACACGCUGGGUGGGAAUGAGACUGAUUGGGAACGCAGUGAGAGCAUUUACGAGCAGCAGGCCCGGAUGGCUGGUCGACGGAAUUCGCUGAGCUACGGAAGAGAUGCGGGAGGGGGAUGGUACGAGCCCCCGGCUGGAGUGCGUCCCCCUGACCUGGAUUUGAAAAUCGAGCCUGAAUCCUACCAGGAAUCUCUUUAUAACCAAGGUUAUUUGGAUUGUCCGAACAUCCGUAACAUAAGAAAGAGCUCUGUUCCUGAAUUAAACAGCCAUUACGAUCGACUGCCCGUAGCUCAUCGUGGCUCCCUGCUACCUCACGACUACUAUCAGCAAGACCCAGGAAUCUCACCCAGGCCAGCAGAGGGUUUCUAUCGUGGAGAUCAGCCUCAUCCUCAUCCUCUAAAUAGGUCAGCUUCACAUUAUGGAAUGAUGGCAGGUCCUCGACAACUGUGGGAACACAGCUCAGGUGGUAGGCCUGCUUCUGCCACCCCAACUCAAGGCUUACCUCCUCCCCCACCCCCAACUGCACAUGAAAUGGGUCGUAUUUACAGGGAACCAUUCAUUCCAGGGCCUCCACCUGUUACUCCCAUAUCCAAAAUGAUGCAGGAUGGGCAGCGAGUUCCAAGCAGAGCACCAUCUCCAGCUCGUUAUCUAAUGGAGCCAAAUUCUCCUCGUUACGGUGCUGAGCCACCUGCCUCUCUCACUAGCCACACAAUCUACAGUGAUGUCAAUGGAAGAUCAGUUGAUCCUCACCAGCCUAAAGCCACCUGCCUUGUGGUUGAUCCAACUACUCAAGGAAUGGAUGGAACUGCCCGAAGUAUGGUCAUGCAGCCGGAAAACCCCUCAUCAUACACCAUACAGCAGGCUCAACAGCAAGCACAGCAACAAAUGCAACAACAAAUACAGCAGCAGCAAAUGCAGCAAGUUCAGCCAGCGCACCAAAUGCAGCAAGUUCAGCCAGCGCACCAAAUGCAGCAAGUUCAGCCAGCGCAGCAAAUGCAGCAAGUUCAGCCAGCGCAGCAAAUGCAGCAAGUUCAGCCAGCGCAGCAAAUGCAGCACGUUCAACAGAUACCGCAGGUUCAGCCAGUGCAGCAAGUUCCACACGUGCAACCCAUAGCACCUCCCAAUCCUGUCUACUCCCCAGCCCCCCCAACCGCUCCAAUAACCACCCAGCAACCAGCAGUAGCUCCUGUUCCUGUUUCACUUCCUCCUCAGCCUCCUGCAUCUGCUGCCCCUCAAACCCCCAUAGCUCCCGUGCACCCCAAAUUUCUGGCUUUUUUGCAAAAAGAAGGCCUUUCAGAAAGCACCAUCACUUCUCUUCUGCAUCAAGGUUUUGAUUCCUCAGUGAUGUUGGCUGUAAUGGAAGAAAAUGACGCGUGCUCAGUAGCCCCCAACUUGGGUCAAGCCCGGGUUCUGUCUCGUGUUGUGCUCAGUUGCAAAAAAACACCUGAAGUCCCCCCAGCUUCCCCCCAGCAUCCCAGUGCUACAGUUCGAGGCAGGUCUAACAGCUUCAGCCAUCGUGGUGACAUUUAUGUGCACCAACCUCCACCAAUGACUCCAGGUGUGGACUCCCAUUAUAUGCAGCCACCUUCUACCCCCAUGCAGACUAUAUCCCCAAGGAUGGUAGAGAGCUACGGUCGCAGACCCAGUAGCGCCCCCUCCCAACAGUUUCUUGAGACCAGUGGGUAUCCUGGAGCCAGGUUUGCAGGAUCUUACAGUGGCGCUAUGCUUCCAGUUCAACCUCGCCCUCUGUCAGCCUGCAAUCCACAUGCAGGGUUGCACAUGCCACCUAUGGCUGCAGCAUCCCGACAAGUAGCCAUUCCAUCGCAUCUACCAGGAAUACCACCGCAAUUGCCAGGCCCUAUCCAUGCCAUGCCACAGCCAUUACCAGCACUGCAUGGAGUUCCUCAAUCAAUGACCAUUUCUCCUAUGGCUCCCCAGCAAGCACCUAAGGCGUACACCACCAACUACACUGUACCCAUGGAGUUGAUGAAGAGAGAUCGAAGUUUGGCCGCAAUGUCAACCAUGCCCAGUCCCCAUGUGAGCCCACAGGUCAUGCGGAAGGCUGGGAUUGUGGCCUCAGAUGGUCCUCUAGUACCUCUGGGAGGUGCCAUUUCAGGAACAAAUAUAAGCCUGGCUAAUCAGAAGCUCAGUCGGCGCACUGGACCUCCGGUCAUUGUCUCCACUAUGGCGUCGCCAGACACAAGUAUAAGGCCACAGAUCAUGAACGGUCCGAUGCAUCCUCGCCCGCUGGUGGCGCUGUUGGACGGUAGAGACUGCACCGUGGAGAUGCCCAUCCUGAAAGAUUUGGCCACGGUGGCAUUCUGCGACGCACAGUCAACGCAAGAAAUCCACGAGAAGGUGUUGAACGAAGCGGUCGGUGCGAUGAUGUAACACACCAUCACUCUGACCAGAGAGGAUCUGGAGAAGUUUAAAGCCCUACGAAUCAUAAUCCGCAUCGGCAGCGGAUACGACAAUAUCGACAUUAAAGCCGCUGGAGAGAUGGGUAUUGCAGUGUGUAAUAUUCCAUCAGCGGCGGUGGAGGAGACGGCCGACUCAACGCUUUGUCACAUCUUGAAUCUGUACCGGAGAAACACCUGGCUUUAUCAGACCAUGCGUGAGGGGACACGAGUCCAGAGCGUGGAGCAGAUCAGAGAGGUGGCGUCAGGUGCCGCCCGCAUCAGGGGAGAAACACUCGGACUCAUUGGCUUUGGUCGAUCGGGACAGGCGGUAGCCGUCCGAGCAAAAGCCUUCGGCUUCAACGUGAUCUUUUACGACCCGUACCUCCAGGACGGUUUAGAGCGUUCCCUGGGCGUCCAAAGAGUUUAUACUUUACAGGACCUUCUGUACCAGAGCGACUGUGUUUCUCUUCACUGCAACCUGAACGAACAUAACCAUCACCUCAUCAAUGAUUUCACCAUCAAACAGAUGCGACAGGGAGCGUUUCUAGUGAACACAGCACGGGGCGGUCUGGUCGAUGAGAAAGCCCUGGCACAGGCUCUAAAAGAGGGCAGAAUAAGGGGCGCUGCUCUAGACGUCCAUGAGUCCGAACCAUUCAGUUUUAGUCAGGGUCCUCUGAAGGACGCGCCCAAUCUGAUCUGCACGCCACACACGGCGUGGUACAGUGAGCAAGCCUCGCUGGAGAUGAGAGAAGCGGCGGCCACUGAGAUCCGCAGGGCCGUCACCGGUCGUAUCCCGGACAGCCUCAGAAAUUGCGUCAACAAAGAGUUUUUUGUUACCACAGCGCCGUGGGGCUUGAUGGAGCAACAGGUACAUCCGGAGCUCAACGGUGGAGCCUACAGGUUUCCUCCUGGUGUGGUGGGCGUGUCUCUUGGUGGCAUGAGUGGUCAGUUUGAGGGCAUGAUAACUGGCGGGGUCCCCAGUGCCCAUCCCCUGCCUCCGGGCACCCAGCCCAGCCUCGCCCCUUCCACCACCCAGCUCAUCAAACACAACGAGCACAGAGAACACCUCGCCAAGUCGUAACCACGGCGACCACGCGGCUCCGGACGCGCCCGCCACCGUGCGAUAGAUGGGAGUCUGUCAUUCAGCAAAACUGCAAAUCAGAGACAGUGAACGAGUGAACAAGCAAUCAGCUGCCCCGAGCUCCACCGGAGAGCGGAUUCACGGACCGCCUCCACCGUCUCGUUUUCCAAAUCGGUUUUAGCGUUUUCCGUUCUGUUCUUUAGUUGUUGUUUUAACCCAGGAGUUGUUCUGUAUCAGUUUGUCUUCGUUUUUGAGGGGAGGACAUCAUUUCUACCUGUUCUACUGCAGGUGGGCGGUGCUUUCUUGCUGGGAGGCGUGGCGACGUGAGCUGGCCACUCCUCAUUUCUUCACCAACCACAGAGCUUGAAAUGUUGACAUCAUAUGUCAUGCGCUUGUCUUCUUCCUCCUUGCCUUAUAUGGGCAUGUAACGGAAUUCGCAGCAGUUAGUCCGUUUUCCGUUUCUGCGUUCGUUUUUUAUUGCAUCUACGAAUUUAGUGCUUGUCCUCUUCGUUUCAGUGUUUAAAGUUCUUGAUAAUAAAAUAUAUAUACAGUGUAUCUAUGAAGGGAACAGACAGAGCUGUUUUCUGCAAAAAUGAAGAUGAUAGUGUUAUUAUUAGAGUUGUUCCACAUUUCGAAGAGAUGACCUCUCGUUUACAGAAUUGCACAAAUUCAACAACCACCAGCUCAGACAUCACUCCCAUUUAAGACCCGAGAGCACACUAUUUUACCCAUCUUUAACUUUAUCUGGGGUUGUCAGGAUUUAUGAAAUAAAAACAGUUUUCCAUCGGGUUUUAAAUGUUGGUCUCCAAAAAGGGUCAUUUGGAAUUCAUUUUUGUUGAGAACUUGAUUUUGUAUGCGUGUUGUAAAAUCGAAAGACAGAUGGCAGCUUACAACCGAAACUGGAGUGAAACAAACGUCCCGUCUCAGGAACAUUACAAGUUAUUCCACUCGAGUCUAGAACCGGGAAGAAAGAAAGGCGACAACCCCAUCGAUAUAUUUGCCCUUUUCUGUCAGCCCACCCGAUCACUCGGAGGUAUUUUUAUAGAUCAGACAUCCAGUGUGUUUUGGUGUUGAACGUACGGCUGUUAAAUUAGAUUUGUAUUGUCUAGUUUAAUGUUUUUGUAACCAAACUCUCCUGUUAUCCCCUGUUCCUCUUUUUGGGUUCUUUAUGUGGAAGCGCACUGUUUGGAGCUCAUUGUGUUGUUUAUAUGCAAUAUUCUGAGAUUCCUCGCCAACUCCAGUCAGGUUGGCUCCAGAGCUGUAUUGGUUUUUAGUGUAUUUGUAUUUGUUUAUUGUACCGAGGUGAACAUUUAGCAUACAGUACAGUUCAAAUAAAAAAUACCAUUCUGACUUUCUA